GACCAGAGGGUUGACUUCAUAAUAGUUCUGAUUGCUUUAAUUAUCUUGCAGUUUCAAAGAUUUAAAAUCUUUUGUGUUUGAGUGUUUUCCUGCUGAGUUGUACCUAGAAUAUUUUCUGGAUUCCUUUUCUAGCUUUCUCUUCUUUUCUGUAGAACUGGCAGCGAUUUCAGUGAAAGUAUUUUUGCUUGUCGCACGGACUUUACCCAAAAAGUUUUUAUAUCAAGUUGGUGUCUUGAGGUAACUAUUGUAUCACAGGAAACUAUGAGUUCCUUAGUCAUAAAUGCAAUGGGAGACUCCAGCAAUGCAGGAUUUGAUAUAAUCCAAAACCGCAUUGAAUCCUUGAGUGGCAAGAUGGACAAACUCAUCAAUCUUCAAGAAAAGGUCCUCAGUCGACUGGAUGGGAUGUCACAAGAAAUCGAUGACAUUGAACAGGAUAUGGAGCAAAUCAAGGUGGACAAGGAGGAGAUCCAUCUCUCCCCAAGGGUGGUGAACCAGACCCAGGUGAUGGGACGGGAGGUGCGGCUGAUCUGCCAGGAGAUGAGCACCAUCAUGUCUGUAGUCAACCAGCGGUCUGAGCAGCAGGCCCAAAAGCUGGAAGGAAUGGAGAAGCUGGUUCUUAGCAUGCAGCAGGUCAUCAGCUUCAUUGGUGAGACGGUGAAGCGUUCAAAGGUCAUGGAGAUGAUGUUCAAAGGUCCAGCAACUCGGAAAACAACCAGGAACAAAGACAGUAAAGGGAAACAAGCAACCAAAAGGAAAACAUCCACAGAGACGGUUACAAAGAAGCCUGACAAGAAAACUACCUCUAACAAAGCCAGUAAAUGGAAACAAGAGAUAACUCCUGCAUGUCAGCCAAGUUCUCUGCAGCACCAAUACAAGAUAAAGCUCCAUGGACCAAAGCAUUUCCUCGCAUCACGUAAAUGUGGAAGCUUUGGGAAAGAUCACAAGAACAAAGAUGGGGCAGAAAAACUAUGUUUGGGCCAGAAGAGCCUGAAAGCUCAAAAGAAGAUGAAGCCUCCAGAUGCAACAGAUAAUAUUUCGCCAAAGAAGCAGGCUUUGCUUCUUGAAGAAGUGCAGAAAUUAAACAAAGAGAACACAGAAAAAACAGAUCAAUUGUUUCUGCAGCUGGAUCUGGAGUCUGGGGUGUCCCCUAAAGACAAGCAACCAGAGGCCCCCGCUCACAACCUGGUGGACUAUGUGCAGGAAGAUUCCCAAGCUACUGUGGCUGAGGAACGUGAGUCUACAGGUGUUAUUGAGGAGCAAACAGAGAAAGAGGAAACUAAGGAACAAGCAGUGCCAGUGGAUGAUGUAGUGCAAAACAUAGCAGAAGAAGAAAAGCCUGAAGUUCCCAGGGAACAACAGAAAGAAAAUAUUUCUGCUUCUGAAGAACAAAUAGAAGUCUCCGAGAUGCCCUCUUCCGAUGUAGAUAAAAAAGAGGAGAUUGCUACCAGCGAUGACCACAAGGAAGCAACACCAUGCACAGAGACUGAGCAGGACCAGAUCACUGAAACAGAACAAGACAAGAAGGAGGAAAGAGAAGAGGCGCAGAAAGAAGAAGAUGAUGAGAGCACUGAGCAUGAAGACUGGGCUAGCUUCAAGGCAGAUGGAAUUCAAAUCCAGUUCAACCUUAAAGAAAAGUUGGAGAAAGGAAAACUGGAGAAUGCUGAUGAAAAAAUGAUAGAUGACGAUCAAAGUGAGCGGUUCUUCAUUGAUACCACUCCUCCUCCGGCAGCUCCUUUUAAUCAUCGCAUUGUGUCUGCUAAGCCAAACCAGAUAAGAAACUUUUAUACAAUCAACUGGCAAGAGGUCCUAGGCGGGGGCCGUUUUGGUCAGGUGCACAAAUGUGUUGAAAACUCCUCAGGUCUCACUUUGGCAGCGAAGGUCAUUAAAGCUCGAAGCCAGAAAGAAAAGGACGUGGUGAAGAAUGAGAUCCAGGUCAUGAAUAAUCUGGACCAUGCCAACCUGAUCCAGCUGUAUGCAGCUUAUGAGUCAAGGAAUGACAUCAUCCUUGUACUUGAAUAUGUUGGUGGAGGAGAGCUCUUUGACAGGAUUAUUGAUGAAAACUACACUUUGAUGGAGUUGGAUGCUGUGGUGUUCAUCCGACAGAUCUGCGAGGGCCUUCAACAUAUGCACAAAAUGUCAAUACUGCAUCUAGAUUUAAAGCCAGAAAACAUUUUGUGCGUGAGCAGAGUGACCAACAAGAUUAAGAUAAUUGAUUUUGGCCUCGCUAGGAUAUAUAAACCACGGGAGAAAUUAAAGGUGAAUUUUGGAACUCCAGAGUUUCUAGCUCCUGAGGUCGUCAACUACGACUUUGUGUCGUUCAACACAGACAUGUGGAGCCUUGGUGUCAUAACUUACAUGCUCCUGAGUGGUUUAUGUCCCUUCCUUGGCGAUGAUGACAAUCAGACUUUAAACAACAUCUUGGCUUGUCAGUGGAACUUUGAGGAACAGGAGUUUGCAGAUACUUCAGUGGAAGCAAAAGACUUUAUCACAAGGCUCCUUGUUAUAAAUAAAACAUGGAGGAUGGGAGCCUCUGAGGCAUUAAGGCAUCCAUGGCUAUCCGACUCUGUUCUUCAUCAUCGUCUUUAUACAAAGAAAAAUAUGUGCAGAUCACGCAGAUCAUCAUGCGUACCCGUGAUUGAUUUAUAAGAUCUGGACAAGAACGAGAUGGCUCCUGAUGUGGCAACUUGGACCAACCCUUUUUGUCAGUGAAAUCUUCUAGACUUCUCUAAAUCCAACUGAAGCACCUGAGACGUGGAUUGAAUUUUCAGGUUACGUGUGAUCCCGUAUGUUCUAAGAAUGUGAAAUGUACUCUCACCUGGUUUAAUUUAUUCACAUUACUAAUUUGUAAAGCCACUCAUUAUCCUUUUUUGUCAUGUAGCUUUUGCAAAGUUUAUAACAUUUAUUCAUUUCUAAAAUGCUGCCAUGAGGAUGUACUUUAUGAAUUUGACUAGUUUCUGUCCUUAUUUAAGUAUCUAAAAAAUGGUGCUAUAAGUAUCUGAUGAACCAUUAUGUAUUAUAUACUUGAGGCUGAUUUGCGUGCCAUCUUUGCUUUCAUUAGAAGUGCAUGAAUGGCUUGAGGCUUCACUUUCAAACACUACUUUCUUUGGUUUAUAUCUAGCUAAAAUGUGGCAAAAGUGUUUUGUGUGGCUUCCUUUUUUUUUUUGCAAAAGACUUAGACAUGCUAAGAAAAGGUCUAUUGUUGUUAUUGCAUAACAGUACACAUCUAUUUUUAACUUCUUUGUCAACUUAGCAACCCUAAAAAAUAUGUCUGAGAAAAGCACAUCUUUUGUUGCUAUAGCAUAAUUUCACAUGAUAAAUAUUAGGAAAAUCUGACCUGUAAUCAAAGUAAGUUAAUCUUGUAGAUGUAACCAAAACUGUUACUGUACAACUUUAACUUGAAUAUAUUGAUAUUUAUACAUUGAUAUAUUUUUAGGUUGAUCACAGUACAGAGGAGACUUUAAAUAGUGAUCCAAAACAUCAUAUUCCCUGUGGUCUGGAUGUGAUGUGAUAAAGUGAGGGAUCUCUCUUGUUGCUACUCAACAAAAUUAGAAAGAACAUGCCAUUGAAGUAAGGCAGAUGUUUGUUGGUCAUAUUAAACCUUUUAGAAAAAUCUAGCCUUGAAUAUUGAAUAUAGUUGUUCAAUGGAAAAAAAAAACAUACAAAAGGAUUUAAGCACAACCACUAAUGCAAUAUUCAUUAAUAUUUUCAACAAUUCAAAGAAAUAAAAGGUGACUAAAGUAUUUCUCAAAAUGUUAUCCUACCUUUUUCCAAUCAAGUGAUGGAGGACUUGGUGGACAUUUUAAAUACGGAAUACCUGACUUCAUCUUUCCCAACAAUAUAUGCAACAAGGAAGUGCUGUUUUUCUGAGCCAAUAUUCAAAAUAGACAAGACAAGCAAGCAUUCCAUUUAUGUAAAGCCAAUGUGUGUUGAUCUUCAUAAAUCAGGACAUGACAAAAGAAAAGCUCAAAUAGUUUACUGUGAGACUAUGAUAUAGCAUUAAAAGAUAGUUUUUACUUUGAGGCUUUCUUUUUACAAACCUUAAAUAUGCUGUGUGUAAAAGUAAUAACUGUAAACAAACCUAAAUCCUAAAUAUUCCUUUUAGUCUGUAGAUAUGACUUUAGAAUAAAAGAAUGUGGCCCUUUAAUUAAAAAUUUACUGAUUGUGGUGAUGUUGAUAUUUGUAUGUCCACUGUCAGAUUAUGUAGUACUUGCACUUUAUAAUAAUAUUUAUUUAAACAAUAAUUCACCAAUCUUGUUUGGUGGACAGAUUGUAUGGUCAAGUCUCUUCAUGUCUUCCAUGUCUGAUUUCUGAGCAAACAUGUAACUUUAGAAAACGUACUUCUGCGACACAGUUUAUGUCUUACCAUCUUAAUUUACUAGUUUACUUUUUAUUGCAUGACUAGCUUUGUGUUUUGCCCACUUUCAAAGUCUAAAUGUGACCCACACAGUCUUUUUUUUUAUGUAAUUUUUUUUAACUGUUCUUUACUAUCUGGCUAACCUGCCUCUGGAGUCUUUUUUGUUGCUCAGAUGGUUUUGUAGAUUUGAGUUUGAAAACCCCCCAAAACAUUUGAAAUGCCUUCUGUGAAGGCUCACAAACUAAAAAUGAUCCACAACUUAUUCAUAGAACAUUUAUGUAGUUUUAGUUUACCUUGAUGAUGAAUGCUUUAAUGAUUGUCAGAGCGCUGUGUGCUUGUAAAUUAAAGAUGUCGUCACUGAGUGUUAACAAAAUCAGCAUGUAAUUGUAAAGUGUGCACAAUCCCAUUAAAUAAACCAUUUUAAACUGUU